CGCUACCGAAGAACAACACACUAAGAGAGGUAGAGAGGUAGAGUGAUAGAGUGACAGCAACAGGAUGAACACAGAUAUCACAGCCUCGGAGAAGCCACAGUACCCAGUAAUAGAUCGAAACCCACCAUUCACCAACGUUGUCGGCAACUUCAACACCCUCGAUUACUUCCGUUUCUCCACCAUUACCGGCGUCUCCGUCGUCGUCGGAUACCUCUCCGGGUUAAAGCCGGGCCUACCUGGACCGUCGAUGGUGACUGGUGGCUUGAUCGGGCUGAUGGGUGGGUUCAUGUACGCGUACCAGAACUCGGCGGGUCGACUCAUGGGUUUUUUCCCUAAUGAGGGUGAGGUGGCUAGUUACCAAAAACGUGGGUUCAACAAUUAGUAUUAGUGGUUUAGUUUUCAAUUUUGUUGUUAAUAAAAUGGUUUUCAUUGGAUUAUGAUGUAUGUUGAUGGCAACAAUGUGGUUUUCUUUGAUGGGUUCGAUCCAAGAUUAGACCUUUGUAUUUGAGUCGAUGCAUCGUUGCUAUAUAGAGAAUUCAUUUCAUUUGAAGAACUUAUAUGAAAGCAGUUUCCUUUGCUUUGUUUGAUGGAUUUUA